CGCCAUCUUGCAUGUUAUGUACUCGGGGAAGGUAAACGUUGGUUUAUUGAGUGUAAUCACGACGGGAUUAUUUCAUAUUUGAUACAGAAUUUUGCGAUUUCAGCGCCUCAAGAACAGCAAGGAUGGAGUCUCGCUUUGCUCACCUGUACAAGCGGGACAGCAGUGUGUCCAUGAUCAGAAUGAAGCUGUCCAGACGCAGGUCUCAGUCUCAGAAAGAGAACCGGGGGAAGAUGCAGAACCUGCGCAGAAACCUGGACCAGCUGCCGGAGAUCGAGCUGUCAAUGGAUGCAUCCAGCAUCAUUCAUACACAAGGCGAUGCAUCCAAAACAAUGGCUGUUAAAGCUGAGGAAAGGAAGAAGAUGCUCGCACGCUACAAGGAGAACAAGAUGUUGCAGAAAGACAAAGAAAAGAGGGAGAAAGAAAAGAAAAGUGUUUUUAAGGUCGGCCUGUAUAAACCACAGCCGCUCGGGUAUCUGCCUUCAAACUCUACUGGAACAGGUAGAGGAAAGAUGAUCACAGAUCCUAACCAGUCCACAAGAGUGACCCGAUCUAUGAUGCAGAAUCAAAAGCCAGCAGUUGAAAGGCAAGCUGCUCCCAAGAAAGUGGAGAUGGCACCACCCAGCAGAGCUCAGACCAAGAACAACUCAAAACCUUUGACCUCCACUAAAGGCAGAAUAGCCACAGUUGAACCUGUGAGGCCUCCAACCACACGAUCAUCUGCAAAAGCAAAACCGCCACCUGUGGCUAAACCGGUUGCUGAUUCUAGAGCACACAAAACAAGAUCGACUGUUAAAUGUCCUGCAGCGCCCUCUACAGGCGAAGAGAAAGCUUUACAAGGCGACACAAAACCAAAUCCUGGAAAUAAGGGAAAAAAUCAGCCUGCUGAAACGAAGACCUCCGUUGAUUCUGUCAGUUCAAAGAGAGCGGAGGAACCCAAAGCUACUCCUUCCUCAUUUGCCCCACAGGGCUUUGUGUUCCAGCCUCCUGAUGGACUGACGUCCUUCCAGCCUGAACCUCUCUCUCCACGUUCAGCCAUUUCCUUCCUCUCACCGAGCUUUGAUUUUGAAGCCAACAUGCAGUCCACCUUCCCAUCUUCAAAAGCUCUUCUCCCAGCUCCUUCUGUCUCUUCCCCCCCAACUUCUUUAUCUACACCUCCACCAGAUCAUCUUUCCAACCCUCUCCCAGCAUCCUCUCCUCCUCCUGUCCCUUCGUCCCCUCAGCCAUCAACCCCAACUGCAGCAUCACCUUCAUCAGUUCCUCUGGAGCCUCAGCAUGAUGUUGCUUAUUUCAGGGCAGUGAUGGUCAGCGAGACCGAAAAUUUGACUGGUUUGUCUGAAUUGUGGAAGUCACGAUUCGAUGAUACUUCUAUCCCAGAAGAGACAAGAGACCUGAUGCGCACUGCUGUGGGUCAGGCCAGACUGCUGAUGAAAGAACGAUUCAGUCAGUUUAGCGGGCUUGUGGAUGACUGUGAAUUGGGCCGCGGAGAAAAAAUAACCACCUGUACUGACCUGCAGGGCUUCUGGGACAUGGUUUACUUUCAGGUGGAAGAUGUUAAUAAGAAAUUCAUCGCCUUAAAGGAGGCAGAAGCAAGAGACUGGAAGGACCUGGAAGUUAGACCUGCAGCCAGAAAAAGAGUUGUCAAAAAGCCUCCUGUCGCUGGAGGGAAGCCUGUAGCAGGUGGAGGUGCGAGUGCUGCAGCUAAGAGUCGACUAGCUGCUGUAAAGGCGGCUAUGAAAGCCAAGCAAGCAGAUCGGAAAGCUCCUGAGACCUCAGACAACAACCAGGAUGCCUCGAGUUCUGCCCCUGCGGCCUCUGCCAACCCACUGCCUGUUCAAACUGUGGUGUUUCAUGGAGGCUUUUUUCAGGUGGAAAGCCCAGUCAAGCCAUCAGGUUUGGUUAGACGAUCGUCUCGAAUCAAUGCUGUCUAUACACCACCGUGCUCCAAGUUUACCACUCCAAGCAGGCGGUGCAGAUCAAACGCAGUUUCUCAUGCCUCUCCUCUCCCCUGCACACCUUCUCGAAACCUCUCUGACGUAUUACCCAUUUCUACUCCUCAACAUUCUGCUGAGCCCCUGCCACAGACACCCAAAGCCCCUCAGAUCAGCCCUGAACACAACCAAACUGUAGACGUUUCACCAGACACAGAGUUCUGUUACAACAACCCACCUCAGUUUGAUUUAAGCCUUACGACCUGUACCUCACACAUUCAAUCAGAUAACAGCAGCAGCGCACCAGAAAACAGUCUAGCCGUCCAGUCACAUGACGCACCCAGCCAGUCAGAAACAGAGCUUCCUGUUGAUUCUUCAGAACCCUGUCCUGAGCUUGCGGAAGACAUUGCAGAGUCUAUGGUGUGUAGCCCUUCCUGCCAAGAGAGAACAGAAGAAAAACUGAUCUCUGAAGAGGGGAUCCCAACUGGAGCAGAAUCAUGUUCAGGUACUAAAGAAGUGAAGACAGAUCUCAGUGUUUGUGGCCCCGUCUCUACAACCCUGACGCCAUCCACACCAGCCAAAGAUCUUGAAGUUUCUACAGCACUCAGUAAUGAGGUUGUCAUUUCAGCUUGUGAUAGUUCUCCAAGCAGUACAGAUGUUGAAAUGACUGGAAAUCAAGAUUGUGAGGGAGAUGUUGGUUUGGACAUUGAGCAUUACCUGCAGCCUUCAGUGAGAUACAGCAUGUCUCCAGUACAGAGGCUUACAGUAGAGAGGUUCUCUCUCGGAGCAGUGGAUGCUGAGAUGGAGAGCCAAGCGUCUCAGGUAGAGGAGCGCACUGUCGAUGUUUUGGAAACCCCUACAGCCCUUCCCAGGAUGCUUUUCACACCCCGGACUGAUCAGUUGUCGGACAAUCUGUUGCUGUUCACCCCAGAGAAGAGGGAGAGAAUGAGACAGUCAGUGUGUGAACACGACCUGAUGACAUUCACACCUCCCACAAAUAAAUAACAGCACAACCAUAGUCAAAUGUCAAAGUUGUCUGAUUGUUUUAUUUUUUUGUUAGGAAAUUAGAUUCAUGUGAUACUAAAGUGUUUUGCUACUCAUAUAUUUUGUACUUUAUAAUACCAUUCGGAUCAAGCUAUAUUUCUAUGCAGUUCUGCCCCAAGAAAAUAUAUUCAGUUUUUUAAAGGCUUUUAAAUAAGUGAACCGUUUGUUUGUUUAAAACCAAUUAAAUCAUUCAUGUAUACAAUUGAA